CCUGUGUCCCUCCGCGGCCGUGAGGGCCCCGCGCCGCCUCCGCGCAGCCCGGCCAUGGCGGAGCCCAAGCUCGCCGUGCGGAGGAGGAACCGCUCCAUCUCGGAGCGCAAGCGGAGCCGGGCCCCGGCGCAGCCCAUCGCUGCCAGCUCGCCGGUGGCUUGCAAGAGACCGAGCGCUGGUGGCGAGGGACCCCCGGCGGAGGCCCCGUGCAGUCAUGAUAGCGAGGAGGAUAUGUUUGGUGAUUAUGACAGCUUUUAUGGAAACGAUUCAUUGAUGGCUCAAGUGGAUGAUAUUGAAGACAAAUACCUGCAUGAUAAAAAUAUGGAUGUGAAAGCAGAUGGAGAGAUCAUACUUGGGAACCUGCAGUCAGGAGUUCACCAGAAAGAGCAAGAUAACUUUUCUGCUUCAGAAAAUGUGGUUGUCCUUAAAAGUGACAAAGAGGGUGCUUGCCAAAUGUGUGACAAUAACCCAGCUGAUGGCAAUCAAGAAUUAACUGAGUCUGUUUUAGAUGACUUGCCAUCAUCACAACUUGUGUAUUUUGAAAAAAUGAAUGAACUUUCUUCUGCUUCUAGAGCAUCUCCAGUCUCAAAAGGGAGGGAUGAACAUGUGAAUUCGUUCUCAGACAAAAUUAGGGACCCAUUGUCUUUUUAUGCUGGUGCUGAACACAGGAACAGACCUACUGACUCUUCCUCACGCUCCAAGUGUGUUUUAUUUAAAACUGAGAGUCUCAAAGAUCACCUGAAAAGUGCUAUGACUGGAAAUGCUAGAGCCCAGACUCUGCAGGUCUCCAAGUCCAAGCAGCUCAAAGAAGCUGUUUUAUCUGAAGAGAUUUUCGUGGCUAGGAAAGCUAUUGAAUCUUCUUCUGUUGAUAUAGGCCCUUUUUACGGAUUAUCUAGCAAGAUUAAAGAUUUAUUCAGACAACUUCGAGGGAUUGAAACACUUUAUGAGUGGCAGCAUGACUGCUUAAUGUUAGAAUCCCUACAGCAAAGGAAGAACUUGAUAUACUCAUUGCCAACCAGUGGUGGAAAAACUCUUGUAGCUGAAAUAAUAAUUCUCCAAGAAUUACUCUGCAGGCAGAAGGAUGUUCUGAUGAUCCUGCCAUAUGUUGCCAUUGUCCAAGAAAAGGUUAGGGGUUUAUCGAGUUUUGGGAUAGAAUUGGGUUUCCUGGUUGAAGAAUAUGCUGGAAGUAAAGGACGAUUUCCACCAAUCAAAAGGAGAGUUAAAAAAUCUCUUUAUAUUGCUACUAUAGAAAAAGGACACGCUCUGGUGAACUCCUUAAUCGAAACAGAAAGAAUCAAUGACCUUGGCCUGGUUGUGGUAGAUGAGCUGCAUAUGCUUGGGGAGGGAAGUCGUGGAGCAAUACUGGAAAUUACUCUCGCAAAAGUUCUUCACACCAGCAAAAAGACACAAAUCAUUGGCAUGAGUGCAACAUUAAAUAAUGUUGGAGACCUACAGAAGUUCCUGCAAGCAGAGUACUACACUAAUAACUUUAGACCGGUAGAAUUAAAGGAAUACAUAAAGAUAGGAGACACCAUUUAUGCAGUUGACAGCAAAGCAGAAGAUGGCUUUGCUUUUUCACGGCUCCUUAAUUUCAAGUAUUCUAGUAAUCUGGAGAAAGCAGAUCCUGACCACAUCAUUGCACUGGUUACUGAAGUUAUUCCUAAAUAUUCCUGCCUAAUCUUUUGUUCCACUAAAAAGAGUUGUGAAAAUGUAGCUUCAAUGGUGUGCAAGUACCUCAAGAAAGAAUUUAGAGCUCACAGGGAGAAAGAAAAAGAAGAUCUCAUCAAGAGCCUGAAGAGUGUUGGAAAUGGAACUGUCUGUCCUGUUUUGAAGCAAACAAUCCCUUUUGGUAUUGCCUAUCACCAUAGUGGCCUUACAAAUGAUGAAAGAAAAAGCAUAGAGGAAGCUUAUUCUUCAGGUGUCCUGUGUCUGCUUGCUUGCACAGCCACUCUAGCUGCUGGAGUCAACCUGCCAGCUAGAAGGGUGAUUCUCAGAGCUCCUUAUGUUGGCAAUGACUUCUUGAAGAAGAACCAGUAUAAACAAAUGAUUGGCAGAGCUGGUCGAGCUGGUAUUGACAGUGCUGGAGAAAGUAUUCUCAUAGUGCAAGAAAAAGACAAGCACUUGGUUCAGGAUUUAGUUCACAGUCCUUUGGAGAAUUGCUGCAGCAACCUUCUGCUGGAGUUGACCAAGGGAAUGCAGAGCCUGUUACUAUCUUUGGUUGGACUGAAGAUAGCAGUUACCCAUGAGGAAAUAGACAAUUUUAUGCUCUGUACAUUGCUGGGUGUUCAGCAGCAGCUGCUGUCUAAAGAGAAGAGCCUCUCAGAGAUAAUUAAAGAUGGGCUGGAAAAUCUAAUAGAAAAAGGACUCCUAAAAGGAAGAAUAUCUGAGAAGGACUACAAUUCCAAAUCUACACUGACAAUCACACCCUUGGGUAAAGCUACAUAUAAGGGCUCAAUAGACUUGGCAUACUGCAAUCUUCUGUACAGAGACUUGAAGAAGGGUUUGGAAGGGCUGGUUCUCGAGAGCAAUCUUCAUCUCCUGUAUCUGUCAACUCCCUAUGAUAUGACUUCUACCUGUAGCCCAGAUUGGAUGAUAUACUUGAGACAGUUCAACCAGCUAAGUGCAGCAGAGCAAAAAGUAGCAGAUAUUGUGGGAGUACCUGAAAGCUUUAUUACAAAAAAGGCUUCUGGUCAAGCCAUCAGAAAGAAUGUGGACAAUGCCGUGGUGAACAGGUUCUACCUGACGUUUGUCCUUUAUACCCUACUGAAAGAGACCAAUAUAUGGAGUGUUUCAGAGAAAUUUAAUAUGUCCCGGGGAUAUGUGCAAAAUCUCCUCAAUUCUGCUGCCUCCUUCGCAUCCUGCCUUCUACGUUUCUGUGAGGAAUUGGAAGAAUUCUGGGUUUAUAAAGCCUUGCUGACAGAACUUACCAAGCGUUUGACAUACUGUGUUAAGACAGAACUCAUCCCUCUGAUGGAGGUAGCAGGGGUUCUAGAGGCCCGAGCAAAACAGCUUUACAACGCAGGGUACAAAACUUUAGCACACUUGGCUAAUGCAAAUCCAGAAACCCUGGUGCGGAUGAUUGAGCACUUGUCACGACGUCAAGCCAAACAAAUAGUUUCAUCUGCGAAGAUGCUGCUGAGUGAAAAAGCCGAGGCUUUACAGGAAGAAGUCGAAGAACUCUUAAAAGUGCCAACAAAUAUCCCAGGGACCCACUGAUUGUCAUGAAGAAACUCAUGAAUCCAAAAUUUGGAUAUUUUAAAGUUUUUAACUCUCCUGUUUAAAACUGCUGUAAUUUAAUAAAUAUUUAAUGUCUUUUGUAUACCACAAUUUAAAGUGAGUUCUGAAUUCAGAAUGUUUCCUGGAAAGUUGACGUCAUUUGAAGGUUUGGAUUAUGAACUUCUUCAGCAAUAGGACAAAAAUAAUCUUCAUUCAUCCCUGGUUUUAGACAUAGCCCUAGGAGCUCUUUGGGAAUUGGACUGACUGCCUCAUGUGUACUUCUGCUCGGAGCUUGUGCUUGCAGGAUUCUCUGUACUCUAAGUGUAAUGGAAGGAGCUGCAAUUCAUAACAAAUUAUGUUUGGGUUCUAGACAUAACCAGAAAUGUUUCUAAAUCCAGUGGAGAUGUUAGAUGUUGAAUGCUUGAUAGAAAGUAGUUAUGGUGAAAAACUGAUGAAAAUGCUAAUAUUCUACUGCUUAUUUUGUUGUUGCAUUAGAGAAAUCAGAGGCAGCAAUUGAAAAAAUUCUUCAUGAGCCUUUAUUUGGCAUAAACAUGUCCCUAAACCCAUACUUGUGAUACUUUGUAGAGGCUUACACAGUUUGGAUAAAUGCAAUAUUUGACUGCAUUCAGUACGAAACCAGGUCAAGAAUUUAAAACCAGCACUUUUUAGAGGCAGUGUGAUUCAUUUCCACUGGUACACUGAGUGCCCACAGGGGAAUCCUGUUACUGAUAUUUAAGUGCCUAAGGCACAACUGGAUUUGGAAAUAUGAAAAAAUUUGACGUUGGUUCUCAAGGGCAGAAGCAGUAUUUGCCAUGACUUGAGGCUAUAUGUAAGUCUGUUGCCUAAUAUUUUUGACCAAAUUAUAGAUAAUAUUAAAUUCUAUGUUGGUUUAUUUGUUUUACAUUGAAAAGGCAGAUGAUGCUCACUCCAGCAUAACUGUGAAUACAUAUCUAAGCAGGUGAUGUAGUACCCACAUAAGAAAACACAGCUACCUUAAAGGUUUAUUGGUACUUGGUGGUGCUUUUCCAAAGUUUGGUACAGUUUUGUGUGGAUUUGGCAGGGGGGGAAAGAACCCCAGGAAGUUAAUGUUAAAUUAUUCACUCUGAGUGCUGGGUUACUACAAUAACAUGUUAUGGAAAUAAUCCAUUAAUUGCUACAUGUAUUACAGUAUAGUUAAUGAGUCAGUAACCUGUGUCACAAUUCUUUGCAUGCUGUUUGUACUUGCAUGCUAAUUAAAGUGUACAUUUUAUGUAUUUAUAUAGCAGAGGGGAACAGCAGGAAAAUAUCAUUCCUGCCGCUUCUAAAUGUACCUUCACACUAUACAUGACUAUACAUAACACUAUACAUAACACUCAGCACUACUGCAAGAUCAGGUUUUGAUGAGAUACACAUUCAGGAAUAAAGUUGAGUAUUUCCUACAAAUGCCAGAGCUCCUUUGAAAGUCAUAGGAAAAGCUGGUUUCAAACAAGAGAGUGGUUUUAAAUCUGCAUAAAGCUGAUCUGGAAAGAAAAAGAGGUUGGCAUUUAUUGUCUCUGCUGUUCUCUUUACACAGGCUGUGCUUUCCCUGGAUGGAUGAGUGCAAUUCCCCUAAGGCUUUCUCUGUGACCUUAGCAUCAGAAGUGAAAUGA